AGUAAAUAAGACUUUAAUACUCCGUAAUAGAUUGGUGAGAGAGAAUAAAGUUAACUAAAAAAGAGAAUAUUUUACUAAUUGAUACUCCAUUUAAAAUGUUUUUUUAGACAUCUUGUUGGUUGGGAUUCAGUAAUUCCGAAUGAAUGUAAAGAAUGAAAAUCAUUAGGAGCUCCUCCCUGAACCCAGUUUCUCAAUUUUCAAGAGCGACCCGAUUUUGCCCCCAAUUCCUCCUCCCCAUCCUCUCCCUUUCUCCUCUUCUUCAUCCAUCCCCGAUCAAAAUCAAACCGCCAUGUCCUGGUUAGCGCGCUCCAUUGCCAAUUCUCUCCGCCUCGAAGACGAUGAACAUCAAGUCGGAGAACAUAGUCACCGCGUCUCGGAUCGGGCUUCAACCUCUGAACCCCCAGAACAGCACGCGGAGGGUUAUGCCGCCUACGAGGAUGUAGAUUUGGACGAUCGGAGCGAGAAUGAAGGCGACGAUUGUUCUCUAGAUCACAUCCAUCAUCCUGGCCGCGGCGUCAAGAAUGACUUGUCGGAAUUAGGAGAAGCCCUAAGUCGCCAGCUGUGGGGUGUCGCUUCAUUUCUAGCUCCUCCGCCUCCUAGGACGACUCUCCUGAUCCCGAAUUCGGAUCAAUUGGGGUCCGAUCGAGUUCAUAGUGAGCCGUAUGAUCGUGCGGAAUUGAGUGGGGAAUCUGAGGAAGGGGAGGACGGGGAAAACGUGGAGUGUGAGAACUUCACGGAGUAUGAGGAGGAGGAGGAUGUGAUUGGAAAUGCUGUUGGGGUUACAGAGGAGGCCUUGGCUUUUGCCCAGAAUAUAGCUCAUCAUCCUGAAACUUGGCUUGAUUUUCCCUUAUCAGAAGAUGAGGAAUUUGAUGAUUUUGAGAUAUGUGAUACCCAGCUCAAGCAUGCAUUCGCAAUUGAAUGCUUAGCGCCUCGGCUAGCUGCUCUAAGGGUUGAGCUGUGCCCUGCUCAUAUGAGCAAAGGUUACUUCUGGAUGGUGUACUUCGUUCUUCUUCACUCGAGACUUAAUAAACAUGAUGCGGAGCUUUUGUCUUCACCACAGCUUGUGCAAGCUAGAGCAAUGUGGAUAAAAGAGCUGCAAAAGAAAACAAAGCCAGAGUCGGAUUGGUUUGGGUUUAAAAAAAGUCAUUCAAAAGAAAGUACUGACUUUCUGGGUGAAGAGUCUGACUCUUUUUCAUCUUUCUCUGAGACGCAUACUAAUAUUGAAACUGAGAAGCAUCCACUUGAAACUACUCCCGAAAUCCAGUUCAUAGACAAAGCUGUUAUUGCAGAAGACUUGGAGAGCAAGGAAGUAGAGAAAGUGGUUGUGACUACUUCAUCUUAUGAGGUACCUGUUUCGGAUUAUGACAAUGAUGAUGAUGGGGAGGAAGAUGACUGGCUAAAGGACACCCCAGAAUUAGAAGGGUACUCUUGUCCGGUACUUGUUGGAGAUGAAGUCUCAUUUAGUGAUCUUGAGGAUGAUAUUGAUGAUUGUACAGUGCCUAGUAAACCAAAGGGGAUUCCAAAAGUGACCGAAAAAUUGGAUUCCACAACUUCCAAAUGAGUUUCUGUCCCCCCCCCUCAAAAUUUGGCUCAUACAAACCAAAAUGUUGGCGUAUUGUGCUGAAGGCAACGAAGCAAAAAGGCUAGUUGAGGAACACAGUCAUUGAAUGGAAAGGUGCAUUUCCCCUCCUUAAUUUUUUUUUAUUAUUAUGAUUGGUGGUUUUUGGUUAUUUAUUCUUUCUCAUACUUGUGUUGUAGCUCGGUAGUUGUCGGUGGAGUUCACACCUCAUGUACCCAAAACAUGGUGUUAGCAUCUGUAUUUGUUUGUACAUAUAAGCGAAGACAUGCGCUUAUAAAUUGAUUUAUUUGGGUCCGAAGGCAAGUGUUUCUCCGUUGAUGAAUUGCCAUAAUACGUUCUUAGGUAGAACAAAAUAUGGGUCAUAAG